CCGCGCGGAUACCAUGUCGAAGGCGGCCGGAAGCGGAGCGGCGGCGGCGGCGGAAAGUUGUCCCCCAGCCUCUGCUGGCCCAUCUGCGGCCGUGGAGGACCUGUCCAAAGUGUCCGACGAGGAGCUGCUGCAGUGGAGCAAGGAGGAGCUGAUCCGCAGCUUGCGGCGCGCCGAGGCCGAGAAGGUGAGCGCGAUGCUGGACCACAGCAACCUCAUCCGCGAGGUGAACCGCCGCCUGCAGCUGCACCUUGGCGAGAUCCGCGGGCUCAAGGAUAUCAACCAGAAACUGCAGGAGGACAACCAGGAACUGCGGGACCUCUGCUGCUUCCUGGAUGACGACCGGCAGAAAGGCAAGAGGGUGUCCCGGGAGUGGCAGAGACUGGGCCGCUUCACGGCCGGGGUGAUGCACAAGGAAGUGGCCUUAUACCUGCAGAAGCUGAAGGAGCUGGAGGUGAAGCAGGAGGAGGUGGUGAAGGAGAACAUGGAGCUCAAAGAGCUCUGCGUGCUGCUGGACGAGGAGAAGGGCGCGGGCUGCGCGGGCAGCCGCUGCUCCAUCGACAGCCAGGCCAGCCUGUGCCAGCUCACCGCCUCCACCGCACCCUACGUGCGGGACGUGGGCGACGGCAGCAGCACCUCCAGCGCAGGCAGCACCGACAGCCCCGACCACCACAAGCAGCACGCGAGCGGCGGCAGCCCCGAGCACCUGCAGAAGCCGCGGGCGGAGGGCAGCCCCGAGCACACCAAGCACAGGAGCACCAGCCCAGAGCACCUACAGAAACCCAGAGCCCCCGGGACCCCAGAUCACCCCAAAGCACUCAAAGGACCCAGCCCCGAGCACCACAAACCCCUGUGCAAGGGCAGCCCUGAACAGCAAAGGCACCCGCACCCAGGCAGCAGCCCCGAGACGCUGCCCAAGCAUGUGCUGAGCGGGAGCCCCGAACACUUCCAGAAGCACAGAGCCGGGGGCAGCCCCGAGCACGCCAGGCACAGCGGGGGGAGCCCGGAGCACCUGCAGAAACACGCCCUCGGUGGCAGCCUGGAGCACCUCCCCAGGGCCAGGGGCACCAGCCCGGAGCACCUCAAACAGCAUUACGCGGGGAGCCCUGACCACAAACAUGUGGGCGGCGGAGGUGGCGGAGGAGGCAGCAGGGAGGGCACCCUCCGAAGACAGGCGCAAGAGGAAGUGUCGCCCCAUCACCGGAAUGUCUACAGUGGCAUGAACGCUACAUAAAGUACUAUGAAUUCCUACGUUUUAAAAUCUUGCAAACAAAACAUUUGUAGCACCACUUAUGCCUACUGCUACGGUUGAGGGAUAAAUGUUUUGGUGAACUUUCGAUGACCAAGAAGUCAAAGUUGUUUUCUGAUGCUUCUUGAGUGAGUUGGCUUUUCUAGUCAGGUGUAUUUAUCAUUACUUUAAAUGGAGAAUUUUGUCUUCUAGCCUUGGUUGCAAAGGAAACUGAAAGGUCUUCUCAUCUUUCUUCUAAAAUUGAGGGGUUCUUUGGAUUUCAGGGGAAAUCCCUGAUCUGGGUUGUGCGUAACUACAGCUUCCUGAGUGUCCAUAAUUGUUAACUGGUUCAAAAAUGGUUAGAAGCAUGAAUUGCACUUGGAACAUGGUAUGUGCUUUCUUAUCAGUAGGAAAAAAAACAAUUAGUGGCAAAUAUUUAUAUGCAUGUGUGUGUGUAUAUUUUAUUAGUUCAGUUAACUGAGAAUAGAUUUUAAUACUAACAAAUAGAAAGAGGACACUGUAGUUGUAUUUAGUUUAAGAAGUCACAGAAUCAUAGAACUUCAGUCUGUAAAGUACUCUACAUUUUAUCCAGUUCAAUUUUCCCAUUUUCUGAUUGAGGAAAUUGGUUUCCAGAGAAAUUCACAAGGCCAAUUGCCAAGUGACUAGAGGACUAGAAUCAAGCUGACUCCCAAGGCAUGGAAUCAGUGUUAUAAGGAAGACAUUUAAUCUUCUAAACCCGGAGGCCGCUGAAGAAGGGAUAAUCUAUAUAUAAAAGCCUAAGUGACCGUUAUGACUGGACGACUGGAUGACUGGACAGUAGCUAUGAAGUGAACUGACCACCAGGGGGCAGAUGCUCGAUGCAGGAGCUGCCUCCUGGUGGUCAAUGCGCUCCCACGGCCAACCUCCCAUGGCUGGCCAACCUCCAGCGGUCCCUCACCCCGGCUGGCUGGCCUCGAUCACCUGCCAGGCCGAGGGACGCCACCCGUGCACAGAUUCAUAUACCGGGCCUCUAGUGUUUAGUAAAACUCUAAGUGGAAUACAGAAACAUCCUUUACCCUUUCCUGUUGGGAAUUCCGAAGAACCAGAGACCUGAAAUGAUGAGAGUGGGACAAGAAGAACGUCAAUAGACUAUGGCUUAGAAGACCUGGUGAUUUAGGAGCUUGGAUCUGGGAACUUGUGGUUAGGCCAGUUGGGGUGCACAGUUCACAGCUGAUGGACAGCUGCUCAGAUGCAUUAUUAGAAGUAUUCUUGCCGCUUGCCUGAGAGGCCAACAACCUUACUACUCGUUUCUUUCCACAUAGAUUCUCCCCACUCCGAGGCCACAUUCCUUCCAGGUAAAUGUUUUUUGUGAAGGUGGACUGACCUUAGUCCUGUCCUCACGCAUCCACUGGUAAUAACCGCCCAAAUGCCGUGUGUCUGGAGAGGUGUCGGCUUCUGGACGGCAAGAAACAGAAGGGACGGAGACCAGCAGCAAAGGGAUGGGCCAGAUGGCAACACCACCUGCUCUCAAGGACUUGUGUUUUUUAAUAACUCAGCUACUGCAAACAAAAGCAACUAAGCCAGUUUUUCUGAUUUAUGCUACUGUAGCAGAAGUAAAGUAUACUUACAUUACACUUUUGAUGGCAUUUAAAAGGUCAGAAUAUCUGAGUUGCAGAUUUCUGUUCAAAGCAGCCUGGUUUGUUGAGCCACUCUUGAGAAUUCAAAUUAACCAUGCUCAUUAAUUCAGCAUCUCUUUUAUUUCCCUAGACAGCAAGUGCCAAUUCACCAUUUACCCAAACAGAAUAAUAAUACCCUGAAAGGCACAUGACAGAUCCAUCAUCUGCAGAUAUGACUGAUGACAACUAACAGGAAAGUGAGCUAAGAGACAGCUUAGAGUGAGUGAGAGAGAGAAUGAAAAUGGCAGACACUGGCAGUGUGAGGGGGGCAGUGCCAUGAAGAACUUCAAAGGAUCGGUCUGUUUGGCAGUGAUGUUGUCAAUGGGGACCUAUCUUAUGUUGAUUGGCCGGACGGUCCCCAUCAUUGCUAUAGGAGCCAACCAGAAUUGUCCUGGCUGUGGAGCUGGGAGGGUGGGGG